AUGACUACAGCACCACACCCACAAACCAGCCGUCUCACCGCCACCCUCGGCUUCGUCCUCGGUCCCCUGCUGCUCUCGAGCCCAUUCAGCACCCGAUCCAGGUACUACCUCCGCAUGGUCGUCUACGUCAUCGGACUCGCCGUCGGCUCCUUCACCGGCGUCGUCGCCGGGCUCCUCGUACCCGUCGUCAGACCCAGCUGGAGGAAAAACAUCCAGUGGCUCGUCGCUCGCACGUUCUAUAAUCUCGUCGGUCCCCUCAUCGGCUGGGACUUCAUCGUCGAAGGCGAGGAGUUCCUCGAACCUUGUUAUCGCGGUCAAUCUCAUGUGUUGAUCGAUAUCUUAUACCUUGGACGAAUCUUCCCAAAAACAUGUGUCGUAAUGGCCAAAAAAGAAUUGAAAUACACGCCGCUUUUGGGUCAAUAUAUGGCUCUGUCGAGGGCGGUCUUUGUCGACCGACAUAAUCGGGCCACCGCCUUGGAAACCUUCCAGAAAGUCGGAGCUGAUAUGAAAAAAUACGGCUUAAACCUGUUCAUAUUUCCAGAAGGGACGCGGUCGAACACGACGAAGCCGAGCCUACUGCCGUUCAAGAAGGGCGCGUUCCACCUAUCGAUCCAAUCGAAGCUGCCGAUCAUCCCGGUCGUCUGCGAGAACUACUCGAGCAUCUACCGCUCCAAGUACUCCAAAUUCGAGCGCGGCCGGCCGGUCCUCAAAGUCUUGAAACCGGUCCAUCCACUCCCGGGCCAGACCCCUGAAGAGCUCCUUAAUGUCGUCAGAGAACAGAUGCUGCAAGCCUUGGUCGAGCUUAGUCAGAGACCCGGCUCAGUCAGUAGCAGCUGCUCCAGUACCGAUUGA